AAUCAACAACGCCAUUUGAACCGCCUUGUACGACAAUUGCUGCGAGCGCUGUCCGAUUCAAGUUGAAGCGCCACGAUGCUGCAGAGUUGAGACGUGCUCGCCGACUAUCGACUCAAAACGUUUGUUCAAUGCGCCAAGACCAGCAGCUCGCAUUCAGCCAUUCCCUCUGAAAGCACUCGUUGCAAUCACGCAGGGCGGCCCCUGGACCCCAGCAUUUGCGCUCCUGCACUUCACACCCGUUAUCCUUGCGGCCUUAGCCGCUGCUUUUCAUUGUUUGGGCCCGCUGAUUACACGGCAUUUUCGUCGGUAACGGUAGACUGGCAACAUGCCGCCCUCAACGAGAAGACGAGCACAGCAUCAUAUGCCACCACCUCCAGCGGAAUAUCCCGGCAGCGACGAAGAUGUAGACGAUGAAGGGAUGGAUCCCGAAGAGGAGGAUGGUGAUGUAAUGGGAGAUGAACUGGUAGCAAUGGAGGGAGAGGAAGACCUGGAAGAAGAGGAUGGGCUCGCAUCAGCCGGCGGCCCAGAUACACCUCUUCCAAACCUUGAUCCACCACCCUCCUACCUGCGCGAGAUCAGCACGCUAGCAUCCUGGACAGUAUCCUCCUCGAAACCCGGCUGUUCAAUCCCACAACUCCGGCACCCCUCCCCAUCACUCUUCUGGCAAUCCGAUGGCCCUCAACCACACUAUCUCAACAUCCAUUUCUUCAAACUCGUCCGCAUCGUCGGCCUGCGCUUGUAUCUUGACUUCGAACAAGAUGAAUCCUACACACCAACCCGCAUCAUCUUCCUCGCCGGCUCCGGCAUGAACAACCUCCAAGAGUGGGGGGAAAUGCGACUUGAAUCACCCCGAGGCUGGGUAUGGGCGGACUUCUCCAACGUGGGCGACGCAUCAGAUGAUGACUCUGCAGAAGAGGAAGACAGCGAAGACGACGACGCAUUCCAAGCACGCAUGCUCUCCGGCCUCAACCGCCCACGCAACCGCAGAACAUCAGAACAUCGCUCCAGUGACAGCGAAAACAUGCCCCUCCCGCCUCAGCGCCAGCGCGUCCCAAGUAACUUCCCCACACACCUCGAAACGCCGCAGCCAUUCGAUACGCCCGUCACCGUGCCGCAGCUCCCACAGCAUCGCCCACAGUUCACACCACAGUUCACACCGCAAACGCACCACGAGACACCCACGCUACCGCGCCCAACACCCCGUCUCCCCUUCAGCAGUCUCAGCCCCAACGCCGCGCCCCCACCCGUUAGAGCAGCGCGCCGCCCAAAGAUGCCGGUGCUGAGAGCGCAUCUAGUGCAGAUCAAGAUCCUGGAGAAUCAUCAGAACGGGAAGGAUACGCAUUUGCGCGGGCUGCAGAUAUUUGCUCGGAACGAUGAGGGUGAGAGGAGUCCGGUAAGAGGAGGGAAGGUGAGUGCUAGUGAUGCGGUGACGGGAGGUGAUUUGGGAGAGGUGGGGAUAAUGAGGACGAGGAGGGAACGGAGGGAGAGGGAGGAGGUGUUGGAGUUGGGGGGGUUCAGUGGGGGGUUUGAUAUCCGUUAG